GGUCUGGGAUGGAAAGGUCGGAGGGGUGGACAACAGUGGAAUGGUGAGAUGUUAACUGGGCAACGGGAAGGUACACUAACGCUGUUCAAAGGCUGAUAGAAUCUGCGGUAACAGUGGAACCAGUGGAAAUGGGGGCAAAAUGCCAAUGGGUAUUGCACUGAAAGGUAACACUGCCAUAUUGGGACGGUGAAAUGGGGGCAUUGGCUGCAAUACUGGGCCAGUACAAGUUCCUGACUGAGCUGACUCGGCUUUUCCAGAAAUGCCGAACCACUGGAAGUAUAUACCUCACCAUGAAGAAAUAUGAUGGACGGACAAAGCCGGUCCCACGGAAAGGAAACCCUGACACCUUUGACCCUGCUGACAAUAAAUGUCUACUGAGGGCAACUGAUGGGAAGAAGAAGAUCAGCACAGUGAUAAGCUCGAAGGAAGUGAACAGGUUUCAGAUGGCAUACUCAAACCUGCUGCGGGCACACAUGGAUGGCUUAAAAAAGAAAGACAAGAGAAGCAAAAGUAAGAAGACCAAGGCCACACAGUGACUGAACUGUUGUCAUGGCAAUGGCGGGCUAGCUUCCAUUGAAGGAGACAGCUUUGGCUAUUCCCACACCUAAGGCCCGGUUGGCUGCAAUCAACUUCAGUUUCUUUGUUUUAGUUUUUGAAUAGACAUCAAUUGCGUGGAGAUGUGGAGGAACUGGGAGUGGGGGUGAGAGGAGAGGAAAAGAAACUCGUAUUUCUGCAGAGACCUCAGUGGAAAUGCAUCUUGCCCACAGAAGUGUCUGAUAGCUGUAUCCGUGGCGGCGAGUCAUCUUAUUCAGGUUUUGGCUGAUUUAUUGCAAAGUGUUGCAGGACAUGACCCAAAAAAAACAACCGUUGCUAGGAUUUUGCAGGUUUUCCACCGGUGCGUCCUGGAAGUUUAGGAUAUAUUUCUCCUGUCUCUUAGAACCAACCACCUUUUUAAAAAAAAACGCUAUCAGUGAUGUGGACUGGAUUUCACUGGAUAAUUUGACUCCAUGACAAUUGAUAAUUUUGUGCCUAUGUGCCCAUUCAGCUUGACCCUGGCCGCAAACCUGCAAUCCUGGUCAUUCCAGCAGAUGCUGAGGAGAUCUCUGCAUAUUCCGUAAUGAGACCAAGCCCUUUGUGAAAUGAAUCACGGGGGGGUGGGUGUCACUGCCUUUAAUGUGAAGACACGAUCAUCCUCUUCCUUUCCCUGUUUGUCACAAAGAAAACUGAUGUUCCACAUAGUGUUUACUGAAAUCAGAGAAAGAUGCAUCUUUUGGCCAAACAUAUGAAAGAGGCAGCAAGAUCUAUCUUUUACUGAUUACUGACCAGCUGGAGCUGAUUUUUGUUUCCAACUUGGAUUAUUUGUUGAUUGUUGCAGAGCGGUGUAUAAAACUACAAUAAAUUGCAAAACAAAAA